AUGCCCCGAGAUGAUCGUUCGGCUAACCAAACCACCGAUGACCUCAGCAGCAACAACAUCUCUAGUUUACCAAAUAAGUCGUUCGACAUGCUACCAAAACUAGAAGAACUAAUCCUCACCAACAAUAGGAUAGAUCAAAUCGAAACCGAAGCUUUCUUCGGUUUGUCGAGCUUGAAAAAGCUGGUGCUCCAAAACUGCGGCCUCGCACGCAUCCCGUCGGAAGCCCUGCUACGAGUUCGCACCAUUUCCUCCCUCCAGCUGGACAGCAACCUGAUAGACGGGGUGGAAAACGUAACCUUUCGUGGGUUCCACUAUUUGAAGAGUUUGAGACUGGAAGGCAAUCUGCUGCAACGGAUCCCGACGGAGGCGUUGAUCGGAUUGAGAUCACUAGAAGCUUUAAAUUUAGGAAAUAAUUUAAUAAGUAUUAUUAAGACAGGAGAUUUUCCACUUUUGGAGAAUUUACAUAUUUUAUUAGUCAAGAGGAAUCAAAUAAGUGAAAUAACUUCCGGUGCUUUCACCAAUUUAACUCGUUUAAAAGUUCUAGAAUUAGAUGAUAAUGUGUUAAGUUCAGUGCCUGUUGGCUUGGAAAACCUCGGGAUGCUGCAAGAACUGUCAGCAUCCGGUAAUCGUAUCCGAUGGAUCUCAAAGAAUGAUUUUCCCAAAAGUCUAGUCACGCUGGAGCUUAAAUCCAAUCCGCUGGUUGGCAUCAAGCCAGGUGCACUGCAGAAUAUGUCCCGCCUUCGAAAGUUAAUUCUUUCCGACGUUCGGACUCUCCAAGAACUACCUCCUCUAGAAGGCUGCACUUCGCUGGAAGUGCUACGAGUCGAUAGAGCCAAUCUAACCAAACUACCUGAACAUAUUUGUAAGAUGUCGCCACGCUUGAGGAGUUUAGACUUCAAAUCCAAUAGAUUGAGAAGCAUUCCAAAUGUGACAAACUGUCGUGAGUUAAGAGUUUUAGAUUUAGCCAGCAAUAGCAUAAGCUCGCUCCACGGAGCCCCCUUCUCUAGUCUGAACCAGCUGCACGAUCUGCUCCUUUCGAACAACGAAAUCGAAUCGAUUCCGCACGAUGCCUUCAUUGGCCUGUUCCGGUUGCAAGUGCUAGACUUGGAAGCAAAUCGCAUUUACUUCAUCCACCAGGACGCCUUCCGGCAACUAGUCAAGCUGGAAGAUUUAAACCUCGGCAACAACAUAUUCCCCAACCUUCCCACUGCCGGGCUAGCACGAAUUCUUCAUCUGAAAACGUUCAAUAAUCCGAAUCUGCGAGAGUUCCCUCCACCGGAAAUGUUCCCGCGCAUCCAAACCCUGGCGCUGUCCUACGCUUACCACUGCUGCUCGUUCCUACCGCUGAUGGCGAGCGUCUCUAAAGUUCCUAAACAUCAUCCCAUCCGGGAGGAGGUUCUGUUUCCGACUGACAACGAGUUCGACAUGAGCUUGUGGAACAAUAGCUAUAACGAUCUGUGGCCGCAGCUGCAAAAUCUCAGCAAGAAAUUCGGAACGCAGAUCAACGACUUGCUUCACUCAUAUGGACCGGAGUACUAUCCCGGAGGUAUGCCAACCUAUCCGGAGGAAUACUUCGAGGAGGAGGGAGGUGUAACGCAUGCAAUGCCAACCAUGCAACCUACCAGCGUUCAAUGUCUUCCGGAGCCGGGUCCCUUCAUGCCUUGUCAGGAUUUGUUCGAUUGGUGGACGCUCCGAUGUGGUGUUUGGGUAGUGUUCCUGCUAGCGAUGCUCGGCAAUGGAACCGUCGUGUUCGUCCUGAUAUUCUCCAGGUCGAAGAUGGAUGUUCCCCGGUUUUUGGUGUGUAAUUUAGCGGCAGCCGAUUUUUUCAUGGGAAUCUAUCUGGGGUUUCUCGCCGUCGUUGACGCCUCCACACUUGGCGAGUUCCGGAUGUAUGCGAUUCCGUGGCAAAUGAGUGCGGGUUGCAAACUUUCCGGAUUCUUGGCGGUACUGUCUUCUGAGUUAUCCGUUUACACACUGGCUGUGAUAACGUUGGAGAGGAACUACGCCAUAACCCAUGCGAUGCAUUUGAACAAAAGGCUGUCGUUGCGGCAUGCCGGCUAUAUUAUGACCGUAGGAUGGGCUUUUUCUAUCGCGAUGGCGAUCCUCCCGUUGUUUGGGAUAUCGGACUACCGCGUGUUCGCCGUGUGUCUUCCGUUUGAAAUUAACAGCGGAACCGGGAGUCUCGUCUACGUGGUGUUCCUUAUGUUUAUCAACGGGCUGGCGUUUCUCAUCCUAAUGGGAUGUUAUCUGAAAAUGUACUGUGCCAUACGAGGCUCCCAGGCUUGGAAUUCCAACGAUUCUCGAAUAGCGAAACGCAUGGCACUACUAGUCUUCACCGACUUCAUCUGUUGGUCUCCGAUUGCAUUCUUCUCUCUGACAGCCGUCUUCGGUUUACAUCUCAUCUCGCUAGAACAGGCCAAAGUAUUCACUGUGUUUGUUCUGCCUCUCAACUCCUGCUGCAAUCCGUUCCUGUAUGCCAUUCUUACGAAACAGUUCAAGAAAGACUGCGUCCUCAUCUGCAAGGCAAUUGAGGAGUCUCGAGUCACUCGAGGAAUCGGACGUUGUCGGCAUAGUUCCAACUUCAGCAAUCGACACACACCGGCCAACACUAACUCGCUGGUGGAACGAUCCUCGCGGGAGCUACCCCCACUUCUUCCCGGACAGAUGUGUAAUUGCUCGGCAAAACUGAUGGAACAGGAGAACAUGCGGCGUCGCUUUCAGCAGGAAAAUACCUUCUCCAAGACGUGGCGUCGAUUGCUGUGUAACCUUGGCCAACGAGGAGAAAGUCGACGAGCUGGACGCAACGGUGACCAGUAUGCCUACCAAAUUGCUGAGAUACAACAAAAGCAACACAAACGAACUGGAUCCAUGUCAUCGAGCGAGAAUUUCAGCUCAUCCCGGUCCGAUUCGUGGCGAAAUGCUCAGCACCAUUGUGGCAUUCCACUUCGACUGUUGGAUCCUAAGAGAAGGCACACUUCUUGGCUGAUCACCCGGAAGACUUCUCAGGAUUCGAAUCUGUCGAGCUCGCGAAACGAUUCUUCCGGUUCGACGGCAACGCAAAGCACCGGAACGUGGAGGAUAUCGCGCUCCAGUGCCAGUAAUUCCGUAGUCCUGCCCGGAGUGAAGGUCGACGGAAUAGUGCAUCCGCACCAUUCAGGUGGCGCUCGCCAGUCCAUACCGGGUGGCAAACCUCGCCUCGUGCGUCAAUCCGCCGUUCAGGAUGACUCCCAGGAACUAUCCUGUUCACCUCCGCGGUUGGCUGUUCGCUUCCUACCAACGAUUCCGUCGGCAGCCGACAGCAGCGUGCAGUUGGACGACGACACAGCGGAAGCCCACUCAAGUCCCACGUCCAGCCACAGUGAGCAAGGUGCGAGCGGAACUAGUGGUCAACCAGCACCGUCACCAUUCUAUGCUAUCCUGCACAGCGGCAACCCUCAGGCGGCUGUAUCUAGUCUUAAAGAUAAAACAAAACCACCGUGAGCCAAGGAAGGCGAUGAGCUGUAGAUUUAGGGAUUUUCCUCGUGAGUUCAAAGUGCUUUGUCAGUGUUCGGUAAUUAGCCAAAAUGCUCGAUUAGUUUUGGGUCGGUGACAAAAGUAUGCAUCUAUAGAUAAAUUCUUUCGAAAAUCAGCCAUACAACCUGUAAAUAUUUUAUACCUAAUAAUAUUAAGCGAAUCCGAAACAGUGUGAUACUAAAAUGAAUACUUUCUAUUGUCUAGAGUAUUUGUAAUAAUUUAUUUCAUAUUAGGAUAGGUAUUGAAAAAUGAACGGGGCAUUUAAUCAAAACUCAGUCAGGUCCAACCGCUUCGCAGUAAAAACAGAAGCAGAAACAAGCACGAUGCGUUUCACUUGACCUGCCUUAGUCUAGUCAAAAUCAUCGCGAGCGCCAGUAUGCUUGUAUACGAAACAGCUCGUACGCAACAUCUUGCACACAAGUCGCUUCGAUGCGAAAGCUACUACAAAUCGUUUACCGCUGUUUUCCAUCACAUUUCCCUGCGAUGGCCCUAGUGAAUAAAAGCUCACAUUGUGCUUGCUGCUUGAUUUUCCUUGCCGAAAGCUUUUCACCAAGUACCACGAGGGGGGAAAAUCUGUGAACAGCUCAAACUACUACAGUGCGAUACCAAAUAGAAACAAAACUCGUGUGAAAUGCACCGUCCACAGACAAUAAUAAAUCCUUACAUCCUGAACAAAAUGAGAAGGUCCCGUAAGUUUGCAAGCAGAGAAAAACAAAAUAAAAAGUGCUCGAUGAAACAAAUAAUAAUUUAAGAACUAAGAAAAAUACAUUUCAAAAUUGAAUGAGAAAAAUAAAUGCUGCCAAAAAUACUUCUUGUAGAACGGAUCGAGGAUCAAAAAUUUAGUUCAAUGAUCAACACUGCCAUUCGAAUUGGAAUAACUUUAUGUUGUACUUUAGACCAGACUUAGGCUUUAUAGGACUUCCCGUCGGACGAAGAAUACAUUGAAUGCAACCAGAACAUAAUUAUUUUCGUUAAAUAUGAAAGGGCGAUGGGUCAAUGGAGACAAAAACAAAUACAAAAAUCAUUCAACUUGAAACAGUAUUAUUUCGCAAAAUACAGAUGAUACAAAAAAGCGGACUUCGUUGUAUAGGAGAAGCCGGAGAAAAAAAUAAUAAAAUAUUACAAACAAGAAAUCAAGCAGAAAAUGUACUCAACCAAACUCGUGGAAAACAACUUCUAACAAUUUUUAAUCGUUGUAUGUUGCCUGUUGUGUAUGGAAGGAAUCAGAGCGUAGGUUAUGCGAGUCGAUAGAGAGAGAAAAAAAGUUGAAUUAAUGGGAAAAGUGCACGAACAGAAGAUAUAGAAAUUAUAUAUUUAUUCCAAAUACUAACUUUACAGGUCUUGAUAACUUCAAAAGUUAUUGGAACAACUUUACAUAAACAAAAGAGUAAUAUUAAGUUAUAAAAAAU